ACGCGUAAACUCGACCGGCUUCGCCGGCUCUAUCGAGUCGGCUCGCCAACUCAAUGGGUAAGAAAGGGAAAAAAGACGAUACGUGUUGUCUGUUCUCUGCUAUUAUCAGUCAAAGGCCGAGCGCAUAUGAUUCUCCGUUGGCGCGUGUGCAGAAAUGUACGCUGGCAGCACUGGUCUGAGUCUGAACCACCCGAACGCAGGGCAUAAAGUACCCAAAAGCAUCUAAAAGCAAAGGAAGUUAUAAUACUAACAGUUAUUAAUGUGUACAUCAAAAGAAAGUUUAUAAAUUUAAGAGAAGAAAGUGAUAAAAAAGGAAUAAAGCGUAUCUCUGAAGCGAUAAAUAUUCGUAAAAAGAAGAAGAAGAAGAAGAUUAACCAACAUGACGGAUGAGGUGUCACCGAAGGCUUAUCCUCUUGCGGAUGCAUCGUUAACGAUAAAAAUAUUGAACUUGGUUCAGCAAGCAUCAAGUUAUGGGCAAUUAAAAAAGGGAGCAAAUGAAGCUACAAAAUCCUUAAAUCGUGGAUUAUCAGAAUUUAUAGUAAUGGCGGCGGAUGCGCAACCUUUAGAGAUUCUCUUACACUUGCCGUUAUUAUGCGAGGACAAGAAUGUACCUUAUGUAUUUGUACGAAGUAAGCAAGCAUUGGGACGAGCUUGUGGAGUCUCCAGGCCAGUAGUAGCCUGUUCUGUAUUAAUCAAUGAGGGUUCACAAUUGAAACAACAAAUCAAAUCCAUACAACAGGAAAUAGAACGACUUUUAAUUUAACUUGGAAU